AUGGCUUCGAGAACGAUAAUACCGCGGUUCUUGUUGCCUCUCCAAGGCCCUCUGUGGCGAGGCGUCCGCAUUCCACUCUCGCAAAAUGUUCGCAUCAGAUACGCAUCAUCGACAAACGACUCCCAACCCCAGAAGCCAAUUGUGCUCGAGAAGCCGGCCAAGUUCAACCCUCCAUCCCACGGUUCCCGCCUCAAGCGGAAUACCCUGCCGAAGCACUAUGGCCCUGAUUUGACUGCGUCGGAGAUUUCUGCCCAGGGCAAGAGGGACUAUCCAGGCAUGAUGGCGCCAGAAGGAUCAUGGUCUCAUUGGUUUUGGCACAGUAGACUGUUACAUACCUUUAUUACCAUGGGAGCCCUUUUCGCCAUGGCCAUUUACACCUUCUUCAUGAACUACGCAUACAAUUCCCCCUUCAAGGACCUCGCUCCUUCCAUGUCCGACCUCUGGCAAAACCCGACUUACUUCUUCGCUGCAUGGAAGAACGUCAUCGCCAUGCACGAGAAGGACAAGGCCGCGAAAGCUAGAGAGCACCGCACGCAGUACCUGGAUGAUGUCGCCAAGAGAAGAUAUUACAUGAAGGCGCAUGGCAUCGAGACCAAGGACCCGGUUAGCUUGGUGUUUGGCAAGGAUGAAACAAAGUCAGAAGAAGAGCUGGAAGCUGUAGCGCUUGGACGAGAGUUGUCUCCCAAGCCUGAGACGGACGACAAGCCCGAGCAAAAGAAGAAAUGGCUUGGUAUUUGGUGA